GGAUUCAUGGCAUUGGCAUGCUGUCUUCGCUGUUUGUAUUAUUAUUUGACAAUUGAUGUCUAAAUAAAGCAACAGAAUAGCCCCAAAUCCACUGCAUUCAUCUUCCUUCCUUCCUUCCUUCCUUCCUUCCUCUUUCUCGUUCUCUCUCUUACAAUUCAAUAAACAGAACCGACAAAAUCAAACCCACAAUUUGUGAUACCAUGCAUGCCAGAAAAGAACUUUCACACCCCUCCCAUGUCCCAUACCCUAUAACUUCCCCAUAGCCAGCAACCCUCCCUCCCUCACUCUCCAAUCCCCCAAGAGAGAGGGAGAGAGGAGAGAGGAGAGAGAUUGUUUGAUUUUGAUUUUGAUUUUGAGCUCAAUCUCAUUGUUUUUUUAAUUUAUUUAUGAGACAUUGUUGAAACAGAGCACAGGACACGGUGGUCAAUCAUAUGCUCUGUUUUUUUAUUGGGUUAUGAAACAGAGCACACCUCAUCCCAACCCAAUUGGAUUCAAUGCGUUUCUCGUUCCCAAUAAUCCUUGAAUAUCUGAAAUGGGUCUUCCUCUUUUUCUCCAUUUUCUUCUUCUCUCCCUCCCUUUCCGACCCACGAACCUCCAUAGCCAAUCUCAUGUGUCAAACCACCAAUCUAACAGCUAACGGCAUUUUCUUCACAAAUUUCGUCAGUGUUAUGGAACAUCUCUCCCAACUCAUCACCAAACAACAAUGGGGGUACUAUUCAAUCCAAUCUCCUCCUCCAUCACCCCCUAUUUUCGGAUUUGCUCAAUGUCACAAAGAUCUCUCCGAAACCGAUUGCCAACUCUGUUUCGCUGAGGCUAGAACAAAGCUCCCUCGUUGCCUUCCUGCUGCUCGAGGCCGAAUCUACUUAGAGGGUUGUUUCGUUCGAUACGAUGACUACAAUUUCUUUGAAGAGAAUGUCAAUCAAAAGGAUGAUUUGGUGAAGUGUAGUCCCAUCACAAAACUUCUGAGCGAUCAGGAUAUACAGUUGGAGUUUGCAGAGAGGGUGAAGGAAGCUGUGAGGAAUGUUACGGAGACAGCCAUGUCGACGAGCAGGGGAGGGAUGGGGGAGGCUGAGGUGAAGGGUGGGAUGCCGGGUGCUUACGCGUUGGGGCAGUGUUGGAACACUUUGAAUUCCACAGGGUGUCAGGUUUGCUUGGAAGAUGCUUGGAAAGAUGUCAAGAAGUGUUUGCCUGGUGCUGAAGGGAGAGCUUUGAAUGCUGGUUGUUAUUUGAGGUACUCUUCUCAGAAAUUCUUUGGUAAUUGGGAAGAAGAGAAGAAUGGUUUUAAUGGGACGUCCAGUGCGUGGAUUUUCGGAGUAGCUGUAUUAGGAUGUGCCUCUCUUGUCCUAGCUCUUUUUGGUGCUUAUAUUGGCUAUGGCAGAUUGUCAAAGAGGAGAAAAGAGCGCAAGAAACUUGCUGGGGUUCCAUCCGCUGUAAACAAGUCGAACUUGAAUUUCAAGUAUGAAGUGCUCGAGCAAGCAACUGAUUAUUUCAGUGCUUCAAAUAAACUAGGCCAAGGAGGCUCUAGUUCUGUAUUCAAAGGGACUUUCCCUGAUGGGAGGAUUGUUGCUGUGAAAAGGCUGUUCUUUAAUUCAAGACAAUGGGUCGAUGACUUUUUCAAUGAGGUGAAUUUGAUCAGUGGAAUUCAACACAAGAACCUUGUAAGACUUCUGGGUUGUAGCAUUGAAGGUCCAGACUGCCUUCUUGUUUAUGAAUUUGUACCCAACAAAAGCCUUGAUCAAAUCCUCUUUGAUAAGAACAAGACUCAAAUUCUAAGCUGGAGGCAGAGGUUCAACAUCAUAUUGGGAAUAGCAGAGGGGCUUGCAUUUCUCCAUGAAGGUUCUAAAGUGAAAAUUAUCCACAGAGACAUCAAAAGCAGCAACAUCCUCCUUGACGAUAAUCUUACUCCAAAGAUAGCUGAUUUUGGGCUUGUUCGAUGUGCUUCUGCUGAUAAAUCCCAUCUUAGUACUGGAAUUGCAGGCACACUGGGGUAUAUGGCUCCUGAAUAUCUUCUUCGAGGACAACUAACAGAGAAAGCAGAUGUUUAUGCUUUUGGGGUGCUGGCUCUUGAGAUUGCAUGUGGUAAAAAAAACAAUACUUUUACACAUGAUUCUGCGUCAGUUCUACAAAAUGUUUGGAGGCAUUACAAGGAUGGUACUAUCACCGAAGUUUUUAAAUCCAGCUUUAAUGGUGAUGAUUUCCAAAACAAAGAAACAUCGAAUGUGCUUCAAAUUGGGCUUCUAUGCACGCAAACUUCGGCUACAUUAAGACCAUCCAUGUCUGAAGUAGUUAAGAUGUUAAUGAUUAAAGGAAGUGCGAUACCUUCACCGAAACAACCUCCAUUCCUCAAUGCCAGUGUGCUAGCCCCGACUGACUCUACCAUGUCUUCUGCUAUGAAUACUGAUAAUACAGAUUGGCACACAACAAUUGAUGUCUUGCCUGCUAACUCCACCACCGAGCCUGCCUCCAUGGCUAGUCCAGAAUCAGAUGAGGCUUCAAUGAUUAAAAAGUGCGAGCCAAGGUAGAUUCUACUUGAGUUCUCUGCAAAAGUUGAGAAACACAUCACUUGUGAACUUGAGAUUAGUGUGUGUAAAGAGAUUUAAAUCCAGGUUUCUAGGAGAUGAUGGAUGGUUCAUAUACCAGGACAGAAAGAGAGGCUCUCUUGCUGGAGGGGGCUAAUGGGUGAGAAUUUUAGUUAGAUUUUUUUUUUUUUUCUUUCAUUUUUUUUUUUUUUUUUUUUUUCAAAGUAUGGAGAGGGGGAAAAGAUUAAUUUAUCAUUCUUCAACCCCACCUCCAGCCUUUUAUCUUCUAGUUGGUAAGUAGUCUUGUUUAUUUCUUUAUAAUACCUAUAGUGAUAUACACAAAAGAAAAAGAAAAGAAAAGCAAAAAAAAAGGAACUUGUAUAUAAUGAUAGAUGGUGUGCUUUUGGUCCCAUUCUUCAUAUUUGGUUAUUGUUAUAGAUCCUAGAAACUCAUUAACAUGUGA